GGACAACGGCCACAGGAGCGAGUGAGACAAACGACGAUUACACCCUGCGCGGUGAUAGAAAGAGGGAGAAAGAGAAAUAGAGAGAGGGAGAAAUCGCGACAGCGCGCUUGAUGGUGCUAAGCUAGAGCGAAAAGGUGGAAUACCAGGGGUUGGACGGUAGGUAGGACGCAAAGGGGUGGCGCGCGAGAGAAAACCGCUAGCGUGUACCGCAGUACGGGAUAGUGAGCUGCAAGCUAGUCUUCCUCUCUUAUGUUGCGAAAAAGCCACUAUCCGCUGAGACAAUACGACCGUACAGCUGUUCGUUUUCCGCCAUUCUAUAUCUCUUAUGAGGACAGAUUGUUCACGGAGAUGUUCGAUUCCUAUCGUCGUUUCUAGUUCAUGACAAGAUGUGUGUGUGCGUGUGUCAGCGGCGAUAAUUGUGGGAUUCAUUUCGAGAUCGUUCUCGAGACUGCUCUGGAUCUCCUCUGGUGUGAUCAAGUAGUGUCAGUUUUUGUACCAGUUGUCACGACGCGUUUGUCGAAUGUCAAGGACGAUGCGGCAUUUCGUUAUUGUACCACGGCGCGACACCCGUUAGAUCCUAUGUCGGUGACAAUCGUGAAUUGGAGGGACUUGGGCUGGGAAUGCAUGUGUUGCAAGUGAGUGCAGACAGGUUGCGAUGUCAGUGAUAUCUUGUUUUUUUUUUGAAAGCUUUGUCCUUAAGUCGUAAAGUGUACUACUUGUCGUCGGACGAUUUCAUUGAAAUACUGACAAUGCAGUCACCUGUUCCUGAGUGCAGUGAAUCGGAGGAUGAGGAGGUGGAUAACGAUCCUCUCUUAACUGCUUUUAGAAAUGACAGUGGAACGGUAUCCUCGUGAGACGCUGCCACCUGCGGCGAGUGCACCACGGCUUUAGUGGUAUUUAAACGAGGACACAUGGAGUUUCGAUAUCUUUGUCAUUGAUGAAUUUUGCAGAAGAGCUUUGUUGCGUGAAAAAUUGAACGUUUAUUUACGAUAAAAAUUCAAUUGGAGAAAAAAAAUUUUUGUGUGACUGGACAUCUGUUAUAUGCAAAUUUUGAGAUACGUUUUUGAAACGUAAAGAAAUGCUACAAAAUAGAAACAAAAGAGAGAUAUCGUUAAAAAUAAAAUAUAAAUAAUUUUUUUGUAUUUGCUUUUGUCAUUGACAAAAAGCAGAUUCUCGGGGAAACAAAUGAUUUAUCGUUCACAUGAGAUAUACAUAUAUGUUAUGACAUGAAGAAUCACAUCAUGUUUCAAGGUGAUCUAAAGUUUUUAUUGUUUAAACAAGACAAUUCUUUGUGCGAUGUUAUUUUGUCGUACAUUCAACUUGAAAUUUUAAGAGGCAAAGAAAAAAUAUUCUCACGCAUGUAAAAUUCAAUUGUUAUUAAUGUAAAGUAUUAUCGGUAUAUUUGUGUGUGUGAUUAGAGUUGUUGUGAAUCGGUGAAAAUCUAAAGCGCAAAUUAACGUAAUAAAUACAAUUUAAACUUAAGGUACACGGAAAGACAUGACCAUUCAGGAACUCGUUAAGUAAGAUGAAACUGAUGCAAUCUUAUCAAGAUGUUAAAGUUGAGCUCGCGUAACUUACAACCUCCGCGUUGUUUUAGAUGUUGUGUUCGUUGACCGUGACCUUCGAUCACCAUGUGACGUCAUUCAGGUCAGACAGAAACGAUGUCGUGUAAACGAUGUGUCUCGAGAUGCUUAUGUGACCGUUGUCGCGGAGGCAGCUGCAAUUAAUCAAGAGUGUGUUGUGCACAUUCUCUAGAUAUUAUUUUAUUAUCUCGAAGAAUCUCCUGGCAAGACUCUCAUCACAUAAAACAUGCAUUUUUUUGCUGAAUAAUAAAGAUAAAGAUAAUAGCAAAAAGUUUAUUCGAAAAAAAAAUGAACGAUGUUUUAUCUCGUUUUGGUACGCCAAUACUUUUUAUGCGAGAUUCAGCUCUUGUGCGUGUGACUAUGAUCGUUAAUAAUUCAUUUAAGUAGUUUGUAAUGCAUAAAUAAUAUGUCAAGUAAUAUAAGUUUAAAAUAAACAUCGUUUUACUUUGAUAAAAAAGAGCGAUCGCGCAAAUGGAGGGUACUAGAAAACUCUUUUAACUCGCACUCAAAAGAUAAAAAGUGUGACUCUUGUGUGAAACAUCUCGCAAAAUGCUUUAAGUAUAUUUUCAUUUGGCGAAUGAGAAAGAAGUGCGAAUCAAUACAAAACGAUUCCAAGGGAAUUUUCGAAUAUACUUUUCCGUAGUUGCGCAAGGUGCGUUAAUGUUUCACCCUGUUCUAUUGUUAUUAACGAUCAAUCGUUAUUGUUGUCUUGAGAGGAAAGCGUUCAAUGUAUGCGUCACUUGAUAUCAGAAGUAGGAGUACAAGAAGUGGGAAACUUUAUGGAACUCUCCUUCACGUUAAUCGAAGUUUGACAAUGAUUGGAACCAAGAAAUGGAACAGAAGGGAAUCUCAAGUCACUCUUUUAUGCUCGAUCGUUAUUAUUAUCUAAUCUGCGCUUUUUGAUGCAUUUUCGGUGAUCAAGAGUAGCCGACGCAACUUGUUAUUCUAUAUAAUCAACAAAAGAUAUAAAUAUCGUCGAUGAUAUUUAUUAUAUUAAAACGUUAGUUACAUGAGAUUUGUUAAAGUUCAUUAGAAAUUAGGAAUUAGAAUUUUGAAAAACUACUUUUAAAACCUAAAUCUUUAUUGUGAAUUCUUCGUUGUGAAAAUCAAUAAGUUAGCAUCGGAAAAAUUAAUGUUCAGCGUUACGAAGUUUUUCAGAAUUUUUAUGAACAUUGUUAAUGUAUUAAGAGCUUAUUAGUUGGAAUAAUAUCAACUAUAGUAGUUUGUGCAAUAGCUUGCAAUAUUCUCAACAAAGCAAAAAAUGCUUUAAUUGGUAAUAUUCUACAAAGCGAAAAUAUACAUAUAAAACUACCUCGCAAAGUUACUACAAGUUAUCGUCUUCCAUCUUGUUUUGAGAGAAAACAACAAUGGAGAAGGAGAAAUUUCUCUCUGUUUCGAAGAACCAGGACUUACAAAUUCUUCCGUUACAAAUUUACUCGGUAGAUCGAAUACAAGAUCAAAAUAAUUUAGAUUGAAAGUUCGUUUUACUGAAUAGAUUUCAAGAUUACCCCGUCGCUUCUUCUCUCAACAUACUUUUGCCGAGGGUUUUUAAUUACGCUUGUAAGAAAGACAAUACUUAACUCGAACGUAAUCGACUUUCACGAAUAGCGAAACAGCUUUAAGUAGACGCUCAUAUUUUCUGCAAUAAUUUUAUUGCCUGCUGUGUAUCAAGCAAGCAGUUCUAAUAGUCUUUGAUGCCUCUUAAAAAACUAGAAACAGAAAGGCUCUGCUAAUUUAUUGCAAGCAUGAAUGUUAGAUCUCCGACGACAGUGACUUUUUUAAAAAUUUGAUAAUUAAAGAAAUAAUAAAUGUACGAAAUACAUUUAUAACAUAUUGAAACUAUGCUCAUGCAAGAUUAAUGGAUUAUUCAGAAUAUGAAUAUAAAACAGAAUAUGAAUACAAAAAUAUUAUAAAGCAUUUACAAUAUUGUAUUCACAAAAUGAGAACAAUGUUAUAACAAUUAUAGAAAAGAUGAACAAAAAUUCUAAAUCUUUUAUAACAAGCUAAUUGAGCUAUUACACAUUAGAACUAUUAUUUUUUCAAGAUGUUCAUUCAAGAUUUGUCAAUUUCUUCUCUCCGUUAUCAAUCAAUUAUGUAUAUACGUAUCUUCGAAUUUGUUCAUCGUGCCUGGUCGAUCACUUAUAACUACUUUGCUAAAUGAUUGGAGAAGAUUUAUGGCAAUGUGGUCAAAAGAACGAUGUGGCCGGACGUCGCCGGUAAAUCUCACACGUUCUGCGAUCAUUUCAAAGUGAAGCUGCCGGGAGUGAAGAAAAAGAAGAAGUGUAAAGAGAACGAAUCAGCGUGCUGUAAAAUCUUCACCCUGUUUCAUUAUCGUAAGCCUCGGGAUCCGCUUCGUGGUUCCAGCACAGCCUCGUCGGUGCCCUUGCUCGAUAUGGGCGCCAGAGCAUGGGACUACGAGGCCUUGCCGGAACUCCACACUUCGACGGCGGUCACGCCGACCUCGACGCCACCGAACGCGUCCCAACAGAAAACGCCUAAAGUGUAUUUUCAAGCAGAAAAUCUGGCGUCCACUAGGCGAAGAAGCAGCAGUAGACUGUUGGCGCCCCAACAGUCCUGCAGGAGACGCAGCCGGAGCAUGAGUGCUUGGAGUGACCUGUCCAGGUCGUCCUUUAGAUUGGAGGAAAGAGUUCGCGUUGAGUAUUAUGUGAACGAAAAUACAUUCAAGGAACGACUGCAGUUGUACUUUAUCAAGAAUCAACGUUCCAGUUUGAGGAUACGACUUGCCAAUCUCUUCCUCAAGCUCUUGACAUGCUUCCUGUAUAUAUUCAGGGUUGUUACCGAAAACGAUCCAACAUUCGCAGCAUGUUAUGGUUGCACACCCGGCAACAAGACCGAGUUUCUCGCGUCGCAAAACUUGACGGAGGAGGAGUUUCAGGAGCACCCGACCAUCAAUUGGGAUGCGAUCCUGUGGGUCAGGAGACCUUUAGAGUUGUGGGUUGUCCAAGUCAUCUUGGCUAUGGUAUCGUUAACCGAAGCUUUGCUGCUUGCCUAUCUCGGUUACAAGGGAAAUGUCUGGCAACAGCUUCUGUCCUUCCAUUUCAUCCUGGAACUGGUCAACACGAUCCCGUUUACCAUCACGUUAUUGUACCCGCCAAUGAGACAUCUGUUCAUUCCGGUGUUUCUAAAUUGCUGGUUAGCAAAGCACUCUUUAGAAAACAUGUUUAACGACCUUCACCGAGCAAUGCAGAAAUCCCAAUCGGCAUUAAGUCAACAGUUGAUGAUCCUUAGUGCUACGUUACUGUGCCUUGUCUUUACUAGCGUAUGCGGGAUUCAGCACUUUCAGAGAGCGGGGCACAGGCAUUUAAAUCUAUUUCAAAGUACGUACUACGUUGUGGUAACGUUCUCCACGGUAGGCUACGGGGAUUUCGUGCCAGACAUUUGGCCUUCACAACUUUAUAUGGUCAUUAUGAUCUGUGUGGCUCUUAUAGUGUUACCAACACAGUUCGAACAGUUAGCUUUCACAUGGAUGGAGCGACAGAAGCUGGGCGGCUCGUAUUCGUCGCACAGAGCGCAAAGCGAGAAGCACGUGGUAGUUUGCAGUACGACACUACAAGCCGACACCAUUAUGGACUUUCUAAAUGAGUUUUACGCUCAUCCUUUGCUACAGGAUUAUUAUGUGGUACUUUUAUCACCGAUGGAACUUGAUACCACAAUGCGGAUGAUUCUGCAAGUGCCAAUCUGGGCACAGAGAGUGAUCUAUAUACAGGGCUCUUGCCUGAAAGAUGGCGAUCUUGCGAGAGCCAGGAUGAAUGAGGCAGAAGCCUGUUUCGUGUUGGCAGCGAGAAAUUAUGCUGACAAAACCGCUGCUGAUGAGCACACGAUACUCAGAUCAUGGGCUGUGAAAGAUUUUGCACCCAAUGUUCCUCAAUAUGUUCAAAUCUUCCGUCCGGAAAAUAAGCUCCACGUGAAAUUCGCGGAGCACGUGGUAUGCGAGGAUGAAUUUAAAUACGCCCUUUUGGCAAAUAAUUGCACGUGUCCCGGCGCAUCGACAUUGGUUACCCUGUUGCUGCACACAUCCAGAGGACAAGAAGGUCAACAGUCACAAGAAGAAUGGCACAGAUUAUAUGGUAAAUGUUCCGGUAACGAGAUUUAUCACAUAAUUCUCGGGGACUCCCGCUUUUUCGGAGAAUAUGAGGGAAAAUCCUUCACCUACGCGUCCUUCCACAGCCACAGGAAAUACGGAGUUGCGCUUGUCGCAGUCAGACCGGCGGAACUUCCGGAAUUUUACGAGGACACUAUUCUGUUGAAUCCUGGGCCACGACAUAUAAUGAAGAAGACCGAUACUUGCUACUACAUGAGCAUCACCAAGGAGGAAAAUUCUGCAUUUGUGGUCGCGAAUAAUCAGGGCGUUAUUGGCGAGGGAACGCAGGUGAUCGUCGAGGCAAAGACAGACGCGACGUCUGCGAAUAACGGGUCGACAAUGAGUACCCCAACGACCAACGCUAUAACGGCGGCCACAGGGGCAACAUCGGCGACGACGACGACGACAACUACUACGACGAUAUCAACCAGCUGCACCGGUGGCGGCGACGGGAACGGUACAGCAAUCAGCAACGGUGCCGACGCGCACCAACGAUUUUCCAACAGUUGUAACAUUACGCUGACAAGCGAAACACUCUGCAGACAGGAGACCUGCACGGGGCCCCGUGCGCAGGACCAGUCGAACGGUCCUCAAAGUCAUAGGGCCCCGUUGCCACCGCAGGUUAUUUUGCAGGUCCUCCCUAGCACGCCCAUACCAACCCAACACUACAACUUACUCGCAUCCAAUGUCCACCCGACUUAUCUCGAUCCCACCGGAUUCGGGGACUCGAGGCAAUGCUUAAAAGAGGGAGGAUCAACGCCACAAACACCAAUCACGGGAAAUCAUCUUGACGUGCCACGAUCUCUCGAUCCGAAUCCCAAUCUGCUUAGUCCUGAAAUUCUAACGCAAAGGAGAGGAAGCAGGAGACCAAGUAUUCUACCAGUACCAGACAUGUUAACUAGUUCAACGUUACAUCUGCCUGGUCAAGAAUCCUUGGACCAUGAGGCUGACGAAUCGGAGGAUGAAAUGGAUGAUGAUGUUCCUUGGAGAUCGCCAAGCGAGAAAAUUGCCUUCAAAGGGAUCGUCAAGGGAUUUCCGCCAGUUUCACCCUUUAUUGGAGUCUCGCCAACCUUGUGCUAUCUUCUUAAAGAGAAGAAACCUCUCUGUUGCCUUCAGCUGGCUCAGGUGUGCCAGCAUUGCAGUUAUAGAAACGCCAAAGAGUAUAAUUGGCAGAAUAAAACUAUUAUACUAGCAGCGGAUUACGCUAGCAAUGGAAUUUAUAACUUUAUAAUACCAUUGAGAGCGCAUUUUAGGUCAAAAACAUCGUUAAAUCCGAUUAUCCUUUUGCUGGAGAGAAAACCGGAAAUCGCGUUUCUCGACGCAGUGUCCUACUUUCCGUUAGUCUACUGGAUGCGCGGCUCUAUUGACUGCUUAGACGACCUUCUCCGAGCUGGUAUCACUUUGGCGGAAAACGUCGUAGUCGUAAACAAGGAACUCAACAAUUCCGCCGAGGAGGACACCCUGGCUGAUUGCAACACAAUCGUUGCGGUACAAACAAUGUUUAAAUUUUUCCCGAGCAUAAAGAGCAUAACAGAAUUGUCCCAGUCGAGCAAUAUGCGUUUCAUGCAGUUCCGAGCACACGACAAGUAUGCUUUGCACCUCAGCAAAAUGGAAAAGGUACUCCUCAGUGCUACUACCGAUGACAACUACUCCAAAGAGCCUCCGAUGGGCUCUCCGAGGGAAAAAGAAAGAGGAUCUCACAUAUCGUAUAUGUUCCGAUUGCCGUUCGCCGCCGGUAGUGUCUUCAGCGCCUCGAUGUUAGAUACUUUACUUUAUCAAGCGUUCGUCAAAGAUUACGUGAUAACAUUCGUAAGACUGUUGUUGGGAGUCGAUCAAGCACCAGGAUCUGGAUUUCUCACGUCGAUGCGUAUAACGAAAGAUGACAUGUGGAUUAGAACGUAUGGCAGAUUGUAUCAAAAACUCUGUUCGACUACCUGCGAAAUUCCAAUUGGAAUAUACAGGACACAGGACACUACUGUAUCUGACUCUUCGCACGGCGACUCAGACGCGGAAAGUGACACAGGCGUCGGUGUGACGUACAAGGUGCGUCAUUCGGCGGCAGCUUCAUGUCUUGCGAAUUGUGCCACCCGCGACAAGGGUGCAUCUGCUUAUUCGGUGAGUCUUGGGGACGAGGCGCGCGACAACCACGCGCAGCAGAUCGAACGAGCGGAAAUUGCGAACCUGGUGCGCUCGCGGAUGGAAUCGCUGAAUCUGCCCGUUGCCGAUUACGAUGACGUGUCGGAGAAGCGUAAUAGCCUCUCCUACGUGAUUAUCAACCCGAGCUGUGAUCUGAAACUCGAGGAGGGUGACAUCGUCUAUUUGGUGCGACCCAGUCCGUUCUCCGCACAGAAGACCUUCGAGCGGCACAACUCUCGACGCAAGAGCAACAUCAGUUUCUGCUCGGCGCAGUUGGUAUCGCAGAUGAGCGCGGCGGUAGCGGCCGCAGGUCUACAAACCGGCGGUCCGGGUAGUCGUCGCGGUUCCAGCAUAGGUUUGGCCAGGGCACCACCCCUGGGCACGACUAAGUCAAAUUCGCUGUCUCUACCUGAUAGUCCUACCGUAGCCGGCACUCUGCGCGGUCGUUCGAACUCAUUGAGAGUGGUCGACGAUAUACUGCUGCGACGUAGUAAUUCCCUGAGGCAGGGCCUGACCAUGACGACCAGGCGGAAAAGCAGUCUGGAAGACAUCGGUCUGGGUGCGCUUUCACAUCCCUCCAAUCAUAAUCCUAUUAAGAUCGCCUUGAACGGCUCAAUCGGUUUGGAGGUAACACCGCCAGAGGAGGGCUCGCAGGCUGGUGGCGGCGCCAGUAACACCGGCAUCCUCGACGUAGGUCUGCCCUCCAUGCCAGAACUUAACGCAGCCUUGGGACCCAGUCUUGGCGCGGGCCUUGGUGGCUCCUUAGGUGGUCUCUAUGAUCCACCCUCCCUUCAGUGCUCUAUGGGCUCGCCCUGCCAAUCGCCACAGUUGCAGGGUACCACACAAGAUCCGCAGCACAUACAAGGGACAAUAGUAUGAUAUAACCUAAUGUGGGGACGCAGGCUCUCCGGCGUGGCACGAAAUAAGUGGCUGUAGCGUUCCCACAUGGCAUUUAAGGCUGGGUGACAUCAAGAAUGACGUACGUCCUUACAGUGGCCGUAACGGAUCAACACAGGAUAAUUGAACAACAUGUUUCGUGGGACUGACCAAGCCGAAUGAAUGAGACGGCUGGAGAGCAAGGUGUUUCGAUGAAAUUAACCACUGAUUGAUGACUAUUGCGCAGCGUCACACAGAAGGUACUUUGUAAUAUUUAAAAUAAGUUGGGAUGAGAUUACUUCAACUUAUUUAACUUAGUUUUGAUUGACUUAGAAUUUGACUUAGAAUUUAUUUCUAUAUUAUAGUUCCCAUAUUUCUCAAAUCUAAAUAUAUAAAUUUAAAAGUUUUAGUAAGUAAAUAACAUUUAUUAAUGCAAUUUACUAAUACUAAUAUUAAAAUUAUUUUAAAUUGACUAUUAACUAUAUUUAUGAAUACUUACAGUAAUCAAUUUUUAUGAAAUAAUAAUUGAUAUUAAAGGAUAAAUUCUUUACUUUAGUUUUAGUGUUAACAUAUUAUUUAACAAUAAAAUUAAUAUAUUACGUAAUCUUAUUGAAUUACUCCCACCCCAAUUUAUGAUAAUACUUCUUUUCGCUUCGAAAUAGCAAUUUCGAUUAACAUUUGAUGAACACAGGUAUAUCGAAUCGUAACUGUGAUACAACCCAUUAAUUUUCUGAAGAAUAUGGUUUCUAUUUAUGAAGGAUCUUGUUAGAGAUCUUAAUAAUCACAAUCGUAAAAAAAUCGUGUUAGUUAAAAAUUAAUAUAUAUACAACUCUGUUAUUAGAAAGUGAUAUAAUGUGUUGCGGGCUUCGUAUUUUGAUGUACUUUACUUUUAUAAUUCGUGCUAUAUUAGCAGCUAGUUCUUAAAACGUUUUGCUCUCUAGAUCGCCUCUAGCGUACCGACAUCCGUGUCUCCGACUUCAUUCAUCAGACAGUAGUUCAUAUAAAGUUAGUGCAAAACGGCACGUAAAAAAAGGGAGUGCUUUGCGUGACGGCAAGCACAUAUUUUGAAUCAUUUGUAAUUUAAGCAUACUUAUAAUAAAAUUUACUACAAAUUUAUAUUAUUUUUUCCAUUAUAAAAUCAGUUUGGAAAUUGUAAAAUACUUUUAAAUUAAAAAAAGAAUAUAUAUAUUAAAAAUUGUUAUAAAUUUUAUUUAUUUUUAAAUUUGUCUUUUAAUUAAGUAAAAGAGAGAACAUAAACUUUUUAAAUAAAUAGUUAUGUUUUAAUUUAUAAUUACAUCACUUACAAUUAAUAAUUAGUAAACUGAAAUCACGAUUCAUAAUAAAUGCUUGUGUCUGUUAUUCAUUUCAUACAUUUUCGACGAGAAUGCGAAACGAGAAUACGACAAGAAUGUAUAAUGCACUCGAUUCUUACGUAGCGUCACGCUCAGCGAUCGAGCGUGAAUAAUUUUAUAAUAGAGAGAAAAUUUACGGUGAGAGUCUAUUAUAUAUAUAUAUAUAUUAUAGAAAUACGACCAUUUUAAUCAUAUCACGCGAGAGUGCGACUCACGCGGAAGGCAUCAUUAUAUCUUACAUAAAUAGGAGGAAUAUUUUAGAAAAUUUAAAUGCUUAGAACACGCGCGUAUAUUAUCAUGAUUUUUUGCGUGAUUAAUAAAUCGUCAUUGUAUUUUAAUGUCGAGUCGCAGGACGAUUGUCGACUUUCGUGACGCCUAGAUUUACGGUCGAUAUUUCACACCAAUAUAGACAAGAAUUGUAUCGUGAAAAUUACGUGAUAGACGAGAAUCGAUCGCAAAUGAAUUGCACGAAGAUUAUUACUACUAUUACCUUUUUCUCCUUCUAUACUACUUAAUUUACUCUUGUAUUACUUUUAGCCUUGAUCCACGUAUUUCUGGUAUUAUUCCAAAAGUUAGUUAUCGUUAGCGAGUGAGUAACGACUGUUCUCGCUUGAUAAUUCUAUAAUCCUUUCAAUUAGUCGAAAGAGUCGUAAUUUGCCACUUAAGACAAGUUGCACCGACUGGACUAGGAUUUUAAUUGUGAAUAAUAUGUUUCUAAUUUUUCUCUAAAUUAUCAUAUUAUCAUAUAAUAAUGUCGACAGAAUAAAACACCGAAUUGUAAAAAUUAAAGAAUAUUUAAAAGAUUUUAUAAAGAGUAUCUAAAAGAUUAAUAAUGUUGUGUCUGAGCAAGCGUAUAUCACAAUUAUCCAGUUGGUGCAAGAGAAUUCAAUCUUUGACGUGAUGCCGCAAUUGCGAUGCUCAUAGCCAAAUGCAAUCGUUCGUUGACCAAUUUACACUUUUCUUCGACCAAUCGAGUCAUAUUAUCAAGUACCUGCUUUGAUAUUGCUUUCAUUAAACCUAGUCAAUUUGGUACUAUUAAAUGGGCGAUUAGAAAUCUGUUCCAUGAAACAACUUUAUAAUUUUUUAGAUUAUUAUUUUUUACUUUAUUAGUUUUUUUUUAAUAAGUAAACAUUCUAAUAAAGCAUUAAAAUUUGCAAAUAAUAAUUGCAUAAAGUAAUAUUGAUAACAAUGAGGAAAGUAUUUGUUUGAUCGGAUGAUAAUAAAAACUAUUAAUUUUUAAAUAUUAUAUUUACCAUUUAAUCCAUAAUUAGUCAUAAAAUAACAUGAAAGAAUUUUUAUAACAUUAAUUUUUUAGAAAAUGCUUUACUGAUGCAUAUUAAAAAGCAAGUUGUGUUACCCAUGCGAUGUACCAUGCAGUAAUUUAAAUUUGAUUAUAAUUAAAAAUUAAAGUAAAAAUUACAUACAUUUUUAAGAGCGCAAGAGCGCAAGAGCGUAGAAAAUAGAAAACUGAAAAGUCAAUUCAUGGAAUAGAUCAGGCAUGUUUUAACGCCAAAAUAAAUACGACAAAGUAGAUACAAUAAUUCAUUUCGGGCGGAGUCGAGAUGAGGUCCGUGGCAAAUCUUGAAUGCACUUUGUACAAAAUCAAAAUGUAAAAUAAGUAACGUGCUUGUUUUCUUUUAUUUGAACUCGAUUUACAUCCAAUUGAGAAUAUCAGAAUUAUCGUAUCACAUUGAAAUAUUGCAUUUUUGUCGUUCUACUAUUUGGUUGAAACAAAAUUGACCAUUUCUAACUUCUGUUCACUCACGCAUAUUUGAAUCUUUAAUCAAAUUAUUUUCUCUUACUCUAUAUACCACUCUUUUUCCAUCAUUAGCUCUUUAUUUUUUUCUCUUUAAUUAUGGCUGAGACCUUUAUCGGCGAAAACAAUUCGUUAAUUUUUAUACAUAUAAAUAUCAUACGAGCGAAUCACCUUUCGGAAAAGAAUAGUAAAAGAUUUUUUAUGUAGUGAGUAGUACAGAUUCCUACAUCUUGAAGAACAUGAUAAUCGCGACUUUAUCUCGAAUAAUAACGGAGAGGCUCAGAAAUUUUGUGUAAUUUUAUCGAGCAACAUGUUGACAGAGAGAAGGCCGCCCAGUUACAGCCGAAUUAUCGUUUUGACAUGCUAUUACGUAAAAUAGUAUUAGCAAGAAGAUAAAAAUUAUAUAGUUUGCCAUGUCACGGAACUUUCUAUUUCUAAUUAAAAAUUUAUUGCUCAAGUUUCCCAGACUCUCUCCUGAAUUACCUUUCCUUCACUUUAAGAGGAAUUCCGCUGAAUUUGAGAAUACUUUUAGACACAAUAUAUUAUGUAUCAAUCUAAACUUCUUUUAUUUAUGUGGAAAAUGUAUCUCGAUGAGAAGAUUACAUUAUAAGAUUAUGCAGAAUGAAUUUAAUGAAUCCUAGGGAUGCAUCGAAGGCAUCCACGUAUCCUCGUGCUAUUACCAGAGCGAAUAAAAAGGUUAUUCGGAGAGUAUAUAUACACUUGUAAUUAAUUAUAGGACGAAAUCCAAUAUGAUGUGACCUGACUCUUCAUAGCUGAAUUCAAUAAUCUAUAGAGUAUUACAUUACAAUUUAAUGCGGCAAAGUCACGGCGAUGGUGCUUGCUGCUCUCGAGGAAGAUUGUUCGAAUUACGUCUCGAAUGAGGGCGCGAUUGAUUCCGCGAAACUUUGCAUAAAGCCCUUCUUACAAUAUGCAAGAAUUUAAUAAUUUGCGUAUGUAAUUCUUGCACAGUGUAGGAUAAAUACAACGAUUUAUCAUGAGUGCAAUGUACGUUUGACUUUUCGAAAAACAGAACAUUAAAUUUGAUUUGAAUAUU